GGGGGCGGUGCGGGAGGAGACGGGGAGGAAAGUUGAGCUGUGGGACUUGCAUGAGGAAAAAGUUUGCAAGUCCAGACAGAAGGGAAAAGUUCUCCCGAGAGACGGGCUUUGGGGAGGGGAGGGGGGAGGGAAGAAGAGCUUCUCUCUCUCUUUUUUUUUCCCACCCCCUCCACUUUUAAAAAUCUUCCUCCUCACCUAAGCUGACGGGCACACUUGGAACUCCCUCGCUGUCCUUCUCCGCCUCUAGCUCUCUCCCCAUAAACUCAAGAUUAUGUCAGUUGAUCAGAGCUGGCCAGGGAUUUCGUGCGGGUGUUGAAGGAGCUGCGGGAGCCGGAGAAGAAUGAAACUGCGCGGAGUCAGCCUGGCUGCCGGCUUGUUCUUACUGGCCCUGAGUCUUUGGGGGCAGCCUGCAGAGGCUGCGGUUUGCUAUGGGUGUUCUCCAGGAUCAAAAUGUGACUGUAGUGGUGUAAAAGGAGAAAAGGGGGAGAGAGGAUUUCCAGGUUUGGAAGGCCAUCCAGGUUUGCCUGGAUUUCCAGGUCCAGAAGGGCCUCCAGGGCCUCGGGGACAAAAGGGUGAUGAUGGAAUUCCAGGGCCACCGGGACCAAAAGGAAUCAGAGGUCCUCCUGGACUUCCUGGAUUUCCAGGGACACCAGGUCUUCCUGGAAUGCCAGGCCAUGAUGGGGCCCCAGGACCUCAAGGUAUCCCUGGAUGCAAUGGAACCAAGGGAGAACGUGGAUUUCCAGGAAGUCCCGGUUUUCCUGGUUUACAGGGUCCUCCAGGACCUCCUGGGAUCCCAGGUAUGAAGGGAGAACCAGGCAGUAUAAUUAUGUCAUCACUGCCAGGACCAAAGGGUAAUCCAGGAUAUCCAGGUCCUCCUGGAAUACAAGGCCCAGCUGGUCCCAUUGGUUUACCAGGGCCAAUUGGUCCCCCAGGACCACCAGGUUUGAUGGGCCCUCCUGGUCCACCAGGACUUCCAGGACCAAAGGGGAAUAUGGGCUUAAAUUUCCAGGGACCCAAAGGUGAAAAGGGUGAGCAAGGUCUUCAGGGCCCCCCUGGGCCACCUGGGCAGAUCAGUGAGCAGAAAAGACCAAUUGAUGUAGAGUUUCAGAAAGGAGACCAGGGACUUCCUGGUGACCGAGGGCCUCCUGGACCUCCAGGGCUACGUGGUCCUCCAGGGCCUCCAGGUGGUGUGAAAGGUGAGAAGGGUGAGCAAGGAGAGCCUGGCAAAAGAGGUAAACCGGGCAAAGAUGGAGAGACUGGCCAACCAGGAAUUCCAGGUUUGCCUGGUGAUCCUGGUUACCCCGGUAAACCAGGAAGGCAUGGAGAAAAGGGCCAAAAGGGUGACAUUGGCCCAACUGGGCCUCCUGGACUUGUAAUUCCUAGGCCUGGGACUGGUGUAACUGUAGGAGAAAAAGGAAACAUUGGAUUACCGGGCUUGCCUGGAGAAAAAGGAGAGCAAGGACUUCCUGGAAUACAGGGACCACCUGGCCUUCCUGGACCUCCAGGGACUGCAGUUACUGGUCCUCCUGGCCCCCCUGGCUUUCCUGGAGAAAGGGGACAGAAAGGUGAUGAAGGUCCACCUGGAAUUUCUGUUCCUGGAUCUCCUGGACUUGAUGGACAGCCUGGGGCUCCUGGACUUCCAGGGCCUCCUGGCCCUCCUGGCCCUCACAUCCCUCCUAGUGAUGAGAUAUGUGAAGCAGGCCCUCCAGGCCCUCCGGGAUUGCCAGGUGAUAGAGGACUCCAAGGAGAACAAGGAGUGAAAGGUGACAAAGGUGACACCUGCUUCAACUGUAUUGGAACUGGUGUUUCAGGGCCUCCAGGUCAACCUGGUCUACCAGGUCUUCCAGGUCCUCCAGGAUCUCUUGGUUUCCCUGGACAGAAGGGAGAAAAAGGACAUGCUGGUCUAACCGGUCCCAAAGGAUUAACAGGCAUACCAGGAGCUCCAGGUCCUCCAGGCUUUCCUGGAUCUAAAGGUGAACCUGGUGAUAGCCUCACUUUUCCAGGAAUGAAGGGUGACAAAGGAGAAUUGGGUUCCCCAGGAGCUCCUGGGCUUCCUGGUUUACCUGGUACCCCUGGACAGGAUGGAUUGCCAGGGCUUCCUGGCCCCAAAGGGGAACCUGGUGGAAUUGCUUUUAAGGGUGAAAGAGGUCCCCCUGGGAAUCCAGGCCUGCCAGGUCUCCCAGGGAAUAGGGGGCCUAUGGGCCCUGUGGGUUUUGGUCCUCCAGGCCCUAUAGGUGAAAAAGGCAUACAAGGUGUGGCAGGAAAUCCAGGCCAGCCAGGAAUACCAGGUCCUAAAGGUGAUCCAGGUCAGACCAUAACCCAGCCAGGGAAGCCUGGCCUGCCUGGUAUCCCAGGCAGAGAUGGUGAAGUAGGUCUUCCAGGUGAUCCUGGACUUCCCGGCCAGCCAGGCUUGCCAGGAAUACCCGGUAGUAAAGGAGAACCAGGUAUUCCCGGAAUUGGGCUUCCCGGACCACCUGGUCCCAAAGGUUUCCCUGGAAUUCCAGGACCUCCAGGAGCACCUGGGACACCUGGAAGAAUUGGUCUAGAAGGUCCUCCUGGGCCACCAGGUUUUCCAGGACCUAAGGGAGAACCAGGACUUGGGCUGCCUGGGCCACCUGGACCCCCAGGACUCCCAGGUUUCAAAGGAACACUUGGUCCCAAAGGGGAUCGUGGUUUCCCAGGACCUCCAGGUCUUCCAGGACGCGCUGGCUUGGAUGGGCUCCCUGGACCAAAAGGUGAUGUUGGGCCAAAUGGACAACCUGGGCCAAUGGGACCUCCUGGGCUUCCAGGAAUAGGUGUUCAGGGACCACCAGGGCCACCAGGGAUUCCUGGACCAGUAGGCCAACCUGGCCUGCAUGGAAUACAAGGAGAGAAGGGAGACCCAGGGCCUCCUGGGUUUGAUGUUCCAGGACCCCCUGGAGAGAGAGGCAGUCCAGGAAUUCCUGGAGCACCUGGUCCUAUGGGACCCCCAGGAACACCAGGGCUUCCAGGAAAAGCAGGUGCCUCUGGAUUUCCAGGUACCAAAGGUGAAAUGGGUAUGAUGGGACCUCCAGGCCCACCAGGACCUUUGGGAAUUCCUGGCAGGAGUGGUGUUCCUGGUAUCAAAGGUGAUGAUGGUUUGCAGGGUCAGCCAGGACCUCCUGGCCCUGUAGGAGAAAAAGGUGGUAAAGGAGAGCCUGGCCUUCCAGGCCCUCCUGGACCAGUGGAUCCAGAUCUACUGGGCUCAAAAGGAGAGAAGGGGGACCCUGGCUUACCAGGUAUUCCUGGAGUUCCAGGGCCAAAAGGUUACCAGGGUUUGCCUGGAGACCCAGGGCAACCUGGACUGAGUGGACAACCUGGAUUGCCGGGACCAUCAGGCCCCAAAGGUAACCCUGGUCUUCCUGGGAAUCCAGGACUUACAGGACCUCCUGGACUUAAAGGAAGCAUAGGUGAUAUGGGUUUUCCAGGCCCUCAGGGUGUGAAAGGGUCUCCUGGACCUCCUGGAGUUCCUGGUCAACCUGGCUCCCCAGGAUUACCUGGACAGAAAGGAGAAAAAGGUGAUCCUGGUGUUUCAGGCAUUGGUCUUCCUGGUCUUCCUGGCCCAAAGGGUGAACCUGGUCUGCCUGGAUACCCAGGAAACCCUGGAAUCAAGGGUUCUAGGGGAGAUACUGGAUUGCCUGGAUUACCAGGGACCCCUGGAGCAAAAGGACAACCAGGCCUUCCUGGAUUCCCUGGAACCCCAGGACUUCCUGGAGCAAAAGGUAUUAAUGGUCCUCCUGGGAACCCUGGCCUUCCAGGAGAACCUGGUCCUGUAGGUGGUGGAGGUCGUCCUGGGCCACCAGGUCCUCCAGGUGAAAAAGGCAACCCAGGUCAAGAUGGUAUUCCUGGACCAGCUGGACAGAAAGGCGAACCAGGUCAGCCAGGCUUUGGAAUCCCAGGACCCCCUGGACUCCCAGGACUUUCUGGUCAAAAGGGUGAUGGAGGAUUACCUGGCAUUCCAGGAAACCCUGGCCUUCCUGGUCCAAAGGGAGAACCAGGCUUUCAGGGUUUCCCUGGUGUGCAGGGUCCCCCAGGCCCUCCUGGUUCUCCAGGUCCAGCUCUGGAAGGCCCUAAAGGCAACUCUGGGCCCCAGGGUCCUCCUGGGAGACCAGGUCUACCAGGUCCAGAAGGUCCCCGGGGUCUCCCUGGAAAUGGAGGUAUUAAGGGAGAGAGAGGAUACCCAGGCCAACCUGGGCAACCUGGUUUGCCUGGUUUGAAAGGAGAUCAAGGACCACCAGGACUCCAGGGUAAUCCUGGCCGACCAGGUCUCAAUGGAAUGAAAGGAGAUCCUGGUCUCCCUGGUGUUCCAGGAUUUCCAGGCAUGAAGGGACCCAGUGGAGUACCUGGUUCAACUGGCCCUGAGGGCGAUCCAGGACUUGUUGGCCCCCCAGGUCCCCCUGGAUUACCUGGUCCUUCAGGACAGAGUAUUAUAAUCAAAGGAGAUGUUGGUCCACCAGGGAUCCCAGGCCAGCCUGGAUUAAAAGGUCUGCCUGGACUACCAGGACCUCAAGGCUUACCAGGUCCAAUUGGCCCUCCAGGAGAUCCGGGACGCAAUGGACUCCCUGGCUUUGAUGGUGCAGGAGGGCGCAAAGGAGAUCCAGGUCUGCCAGGCCAGCCAGGUACCCGUGGUUUGGAUGGUCCCCCUGGACCAGAUGGUAUGCAAGGUCCCCCAGGUCCUCCAGGAAUUUCUUCUAUUGCCCAUGGAUUCCUCAUCACACGUCACAGCCAGACAACAGAUGCACCGCAAUGCCCACAUGGAACUGUCCAGAUUUAUGAAGGCUUUUCUCUCCUGUACGUUCAAGGAAAUAAAAGAGCUCACGGUCAAGACUUGGGGACGGCUGGCAGCUGCCUUCGUCGCUUCAGUACCAUGCCUUUCAUGUUCUGCAACAUCAAUAAUGUUUGCAACUUUGCUUCAAGAAAUGACUAUUCUUACUGGCUGUCCACCCCAGAGCCCAUGCCAAUGAGCAUGGAGCCCCUGAAGGGCCAGAACAUCCAGCCAUUUAUUAGUCGAUGUGCAGUAUGUGAAGCUCCAGCCGUGGUGAUUGCAGUUCACAGUCAGACCAUCCAGAUUCCCCAUUGUCCUCAGGGAUGGGAUUCUCUCUGGAUUGGCUACUCCUUCAUGAUGCAUACAAGCGCAGGAGCAGAGGGCUCAGGUCAAGCCUUGGCCUCCCCCGGUUCCUGCUUGGAAGAGUUUCGUUCAGCUCCCUUCAUUGAAUGUCAUGGGCGGGGUACUUGCAACUACUAUGCCAAUUCCUACAGCUUUUGGCUAGCAACUGUAGAUGUGUCAGACAUGUUCAGCAAACCUCAGUCAGAAACACUGAAAGCAGGAGACUUGAGGACACGUAUUAGCCGAUGUCAAGUGUGCAUGAAGAGGACAUAACAUUUUGAAGAAUUCCUUGUGUUUUUAAAUGUGAGAUAUAUAUAUAUAUAUAAAUUCCCAUGAUGCAACGUCUCACUCCUCCCAACUUUACCACUGCUGCCACCAAUGGUGCUACUAUAUAUGACCAAGAGAACAUGCUGACUAGUAACCAUGAAGAUACAGAUGUACCUCAACAACGUGCCAGAGCAAGGUCUCUAUUAGUUUUCUAUGAAUGAAUAAAGGAAUUUACUUCUUGGGUCCAGAAUGACUUUCCCCAGGAUUAUAAGAUGAAGAUUAUAUAUUUUGCCCAGUAACUUAAAACAGUAUGUUAAAAGUUAAAUAAAGAUAAGAAUCACACUGAGUAAAAUAAAAGACUGCAAUUUGGGGGAAGAAUUAUUUUUCAUGGUGCUACUAAUCCUACUGUAUCCCAGGUUUUUAAUGUAAAAGUGUUAAUCUUAUUUUGCUCUGUAAGUAAAGAAUGUGUAUAUUGUGUAAACAGCCUUUUUGCUCAAAGUAUUGACUCAUUUCGAUGUGACCUGACAUGUAUCACUCUUUAUAGACAACCUAUGCAAAUGUAGAAUACAGACAACAGGAUUUUGUAUCCAUGUUUACCAAACUGAAAGAAUUUAUAUUCUCACAUCAAAUUACUACUAAGAGUAAAUUUAUUUUGAGUUCUAUCCCCUAAAUUCUUAUUUGACUUUUUUUAAAAAAAUAUAGGUCAUUUUAGUCACUUUAAUCAGAAUUUUAAAUGUUCAUGUUACAUACCAAGUUAUAAUAUCUAAUAGAACAUUUUCUGUUUUGCUGUAUUCUUCAAGAUUCUUAGUACUAGAUGCCCUCUUUUUAAAUUUUUCUUACAUCUUGUUUUUGCUCAUCCCUAACUAGGCCAAGUCCUGCCAAAUAAUUUUGAGAAACAAAAAUAUGCAAAAGAUGAUGAUUUGUUCCCUGUGCUUCUUCUGUAAGAAUUAUUUUCCUGUGAUCUCUUGGUUAGUCUUCUCUCUUCAGUUACAAAGCCAAUUAAUGUUUCUUCCUCUUUUUUAAUUUUAAACAUUUUAUUAUAAAUAGCCAUAGAAUACCUUAUUUCCCUAGUUGUCUUCUUUUCACUUCAUGUUUUUUAACUCACCAAUAUCGAUUUAAUUAAAGAUAUCCUAUGUUGUAAGAA